UAUAUUGAUCAGUAUCAAUAUUCCUGCAUGUUAAUGCGACUUGUGACUUUGAGUUUUGUGAAAACUUUUUUUCUGUUGAUAAAACAUCAGACAGACUUUCAGAGCCGAGCUCCUGGAGCCUCGUUAGUGUUUCAGAUACUUUAUCUUGAAUAAUAAGGACAUUUUAUACAGAAAUAAAUCUCUGCAGAUAAUCAAUAAUCCCUCCACUGUAGCUCAACCAGGAAAUGCUGUCAGUUAACAUUAAUUGAUAUUAGAUCCUGUCAGCGCGUCUGGAGAUUUGAAUAAUCAAUGAUGUUCAGCUGCUUCCUGCUUCUUCUCUCUGUCCAGUGUUUAUCAGUAGAAGCAUCGUUGGCACUAAAACGACGGCAACGUACGAAGAUUUCUGCUUCAGUUUAUUAAAUACUUGCAGGGAUCAUCUGCAUUAAGAGAGACGCACCAGACACAGCAGCAACCAAACUGUUUAAAUCCUCACAUGAAAAACAGCAACAAAAUAAUGUUUUAUGUGUAUUUAUUCAUCCUGUUAUCAAACCAGUUGAACAGAUGUUUGGACGGAGGAACACGGACCCACAGUCUGGAUCAACCAGAACACAGCCUGGAUCAACCAGAAUACAGUCUGAAUCAACCAGAACACAGUCUGGAUCAACCAGAACACAGCCCGGAUCAACCAGAACACAGUCUGAAUCAACCAGAACACAGUCUGGAUCAACCAGAACACAGCCCGGAUCAACCAGAACACAGCCCGGAUCAACCAGAACACAGCCCGGAUCAACCAGAACACAGUCUGGAUCGACCAGAACACAGUCUGGAUCAACUAGAACACGGCCCGGAUCAACCAGAACACAGUCUGGAUCAACCAGAACACAGCCUGGAUCAACCGGAACACAGUCUGGAUCAACUAGAACACGGCCCGGAUCAACCGGAACACAGUCUGGAUCAACCAGAACACGGCCCGGAUCAACCGGAACACAGUCUGGAUCAACUAGAACACGGCCUGGAUCAACCAGAACACAGUCUGGAUCAACUAGAACACGGCCCGGAUCAACCAGAACACAGUCUGGAUCAACUAGAACACGGCCCGGAUCAACCGGAACACAGUCUGGAUCAACCAGAACACAGCCCGGAUCAACCAGAACACAGUCUGGAUCAACUAGAACACGGCCUGGAUCAACCAGAACACAGUCUGGAUCAACUAGAACACGGCCUGGAUCAACCACAACACAGUCUGGAUCAACCAGAACACAGCCCGGAUCAACCAGAACACAGCCCGGAUCAACCAGAACACAGUCUGAAUCAAACGGAACACAGUCUGGAUCAACCAGAAUACAGUCUGGAUCAACCAGAACCACUAAAGCACAAACAAGUCAACAUUUCAAGUCUUGAGCUCGACUUGCUCUGAUGUCACACACGUGCAGCCAACGAUUAAGUCACGAGAUCAAGGCGGCCGCAGUUUUUAAAGCCGCAGCUGCUCUCAACUGACUGCGAGACCCCGGGCAUGAUGGGAAACGCCUAUCAGCCGCUCUGCCAGCAGCCGCCACCAGACGUCCUGUGACUGCUGAACAGCGUCGGAGAAACACUGAAUUUUACUGUGAAACUGCUUUCAGUGUUUUUACCAGUGUGUGUGUGUUUGUGUUCUAGUCUCCAGCCUCAUUUCUGCCUGUUUGCUAGUUGUUCUUUGCUGUGUUCCCUGACUAACCUCGUUCUCCAUAUUCUCCAUGUUCUCUGUGUUCUGCAUGUUCUCCAUGUUCUGCAUGUUCUCCGUGUUCUCUCAGCUCUGCUCCGGUCUGCAGGGAUUCUGUCAUUCAGCAUCAGAUCCAGACUCAUCCUGCAUCCUUCGGCUCUGCUCUGGUCAAACUUACGGCUUACUGCUCUACUUCUCCUCAUUCACUCCUCUUCAGUUUUGCAGUAAAUCCCUUUAAUGCUCAGCCGGCUCUCUGGUUGUGUUUGCAUCUGCAUUCACUAGUUUCACUGCAUUCAACAGGACAGAUGAAUGAGGAACGAGACACACGCUGAAGGCAAUAAAAGAAUAAGAAAUGACAACGAUGAGAGGUGUGAAAGUGAGGAAGAAGACUGUGAGAGGGACAGACCUGACAAAUGUCUUGUUAUUGUAGGAGAAUGAGAGCCAGGUCACUGUGACCUGGACCGAUGUCGAACAUGUCAGCACACCAACCAAACAGGAGACAUCUGGAAUAUUGGGAAAGGGGCGAAGUACACACAUACUGCAGAGACGCUUACUCACAUUUGGUCAAAGUUCAAGAUAAGUGAAAUUGAAAAAUGUCCCACCCCUCUUUAGGAUUUGGGAAAGCCAAAGAGUCUGGUACACAGGAUGAAACUUAUCCACCCAACACGUACACAUACACACUCACAGCCUGUCUUCAGUAUAAAAAGGUCACGUUCUUUAACGUUGGAAGAUAUCUCUGACUUCAUUGUUAGUAGGGCUGCUGUGAAUAAAGAGAUUUCCCAUCUGA